AUGACAUCAAGUGGUGAAGUGACUGCACGGUCGAAAGAUGGUGUUCCCAUCUGGGAUGGAAACAGUGCAACCUUUCAGAGGUAUGAGGAAGAGGCCCUGUUAUGGCAACAGGGGAUACCGUACCAUAAAAGGUACAUGUCCGGACCUCGCCUGUUGGCCGAGCUCCAAGGUGCCGCCAAACGAAUGGUGGUUGGGAAAGCUCCCGACUGGGUUUCCUUCAUCGGCGGCGUCGAGACCUUGAUGGGGCAUCUAAGGUCCUGCCUAGGACGGCCACAGGUGACAGAGUUGACCGAUUACCUGAACCAGUACUUCAGGAAUUCGAGGAGAAGAAGUGGAGAAUCCAUCAAUGACUACGUGACUCGCAAGAGCGAGUUGUAUAUGCGAGCACAGCAGGCACUCAGCCGAGUGCGUCCCCACCAGGAGACCACGCCCCCGGCGGACACCGGGACCCGAGAAGGGAACUGGACCAGGGGCCGCCGGAGUAGCUGGACUUCAGAGGCCACCACAACCACGGCACCGGAUGGUGAUGACGAGGCGGACGAUGCCGCGACGGAUGCGGGAACAACGUGGAACUGGGAGGACUCCAACUCGAGAGGAGGUUGGCAAGCCAGCUACUGGGGAGGCUAUCACGAUACUUCGUGGUGGCAGCCCUCCUCGUGGGGAUGGACCGGAGAUUGGCGCCAAGCUGGCGCUCGCCUGGCGAGUGGAUGGAAUCCAGAGACAAAGGUGGUGGAGCUCCUACCUGAGUGGGUGCAGGGGUGGUACCUACUACAGGAUGACAACGAUCUCUACGAGGCCUGGAAUGCUGGUGAAGCGGGAUCCCAGGAUGAGGACCUCAAUGAUGAGGGCUUGGCUUUGAUUGCGGAUGCAGAAGACGAAGCCCAGCAAGCUUGGGCCGCACUACAGCAUGCUCCUGGGAGUCAGGGUGAGGUCGUGCCUACGACGGCCGAGGCAGUUCAGAGUGGAUGGGGAGUGAUUGACGGGGGAGCAACCAGGACCCUCGGAUCAGUUCAAGCCAUCGAGGCAGUGAUGAAGCAGAAUGUGUCCAAGCGCGGCAGCUCGGGAAUCCAGGGUGUGGAUGUCUCAAAUCGGCCCGUUUUCGGAUUUGCUGAUUCAGGAGAGGCGCGAUGUGUCUCUACAGUGGAUCUGGGGCUGCAGGCCAAUGGUCAUGAAGGAAAACUACGAGUCCAUGCCCUGAACAAAGGCACGGGACCCAUCCUCAUUUCCGCGACAAAGGUCGCAGUUCCCUCGCUCUCCUCCUUCUUGAUGGCCGAGGAGUAG